AUGACGACAAUGUUUGACUACCUCAGCAUGCAUGACAAGAACAUGUCCACUCUACGUGUGGGAUCACCCAGUGCUGAUCUACGUCUCAGGUGUGGUGACCUCAUGCAAAAAGCAGCAAUGGAAGUUCAUAGGAAAGAAAAUUAUGCAAAUAUGUUCCAGUAUGGCCCCCAUGGUGGUUCAUCAGCUUUCAAAACUGAACUUGCAAAGUUUCUCAGUCAGGAGUAUAAUACUAGAGUGGACAGUGAGGAUAUUUGGAUCAAUGCUGGUGCAACGCAAGGUGUACAAUGUAUUGGAAACCUCCUGUUUCAGCCUGGUGAUGUAGUAUUUGUGGAAGAACCCACAUAUCAUAUUGCUCAAUUAGUCCUAAAGAAUGAUCUUAGCAUGAAUGUGGUUGGUAUUCCAAGUGAUCAAGAUGGAAUGAUAGUUGAUGAGUUUGAAAAGCUUUUGUCAGAGUAUAGUCAUCAGAUGAGACCAUCAAAAGAAAGAAAACCUUUCUCUGGCUUCCUCUACUGCAUUCCAACUUUCAACAACCCUACCGGUUCCAUUCUGCCAGAAGAACGGUGUAAAAAGCUUGUUCAACUGUUGCGUAAAUACAACCUGCUUGCUUUGUGUGAUGAUGUGUACAACUUAUUGUCCUAUUCUCUUGAUGAACCUCCACGAAGGCUCUUUUCGUUUGACGACAAAUCUGAUCCAGAUUACAAGGGUAAUGUUAUCUCCAAUGGGUCAUUUUCCAAACUGCUGGGCCCUGGCUUGCGUCUGGGUUGGAUGGAAGCUCCUGAAAAAGUGCGAAAGAUUUUACAGUCAAGUGGCUAUGCCAGGAGUGGAGGGUGUGUUAAUCACUACACCUCCUGCAUUGUUGCAAUGGCAUUACAAAUGGGUCUUAUGAAAGAGCAUUUGACCUUCGUACGAAAGGCUUAUUGUAACCAAUUAAACACUCUAUGUAGUGCUCUUGAAAAGUACCUUCCUUGUCCCUAUACGUAUAAGAAACCACUUGGAGGCUUUUUUGUUUGGGUGGUUCUUCCUUCUGAAGUUGACUGUGAUAAGUUGUAUGACAUCUGUUUUGAAAAGUACAAUGUUGACUUUGGCAAAGGCUCUGGUUUUUCUUCCUCAGGUCAGUUUAAGAAUUGCAUGCGACUCACCUUUGCGUUUCAUGAUUGUCCUGUGAUUGAUCACUGUGUAAAGCAAAUAGCUUCAGCAAUAAAAGAAAUAUUAAGCUGAUAAACACUUCCUUACUCACUGGUAUUUACAAAGUAGCACAUAAAAAAAACAACACAAACACUGAAAGAAACAGCAAAAAAUAAGCCAUCAAGAUUUACCACAAAGGCUCAAUUCAAGAUUUGAGAUAAGUUCAAAAGUUUCUGACAGUACUUAUGAUUAUCUUGUGCUAUUGGCUAACCUUUAUAAGAUUGUCCAAGUUGUGGGAUUUAUUUGACCCUAGUGCUUAUUUAAGGAGGGUUUUUCUAACAUUGAAUCUUAAACCAAAAGUGACUUCUGAUCUCAGCUUAAGUUUCUUAUAUCAUUGCUUGUGUAAGAUUCUCGAGCUUCUCCCGUAAAAUGAAGUUAGAACAUGUUUUUUUUUUACCCUUUCCUACUACAUUUCCUCACAAGAUUUCCCUUGUGUUCCUCAUUUUAACUUGGGACAUUUUGGAAGGAGAAUUAAGCAAUUUAUCAGAAGUUACUGUGGAUUAUUUUCCAGGAAAAGAAAAGACUUGACAGAUUAGUACUUAUUUUGAAAUUUUUGAAAUUGAAGUUAAUGAUCAGUGCAUUAUGUGGUUCCAUUUAAUCAACAUUGGAUAGCAAUAAUAGUUUAACUGGGUGUACAUAUUAAUUUUGGAUUAUUUUACUUGCUGUCAGAACAGUGAUUUUAACUCUUAUCCACCAUCUUGAAACAAAAUAGGUUUGUUUUAUUUUUGUUUGUUUCCAUUUAUUGAUUGAUUUGUCUCAAUAGUAACAGGUGCAACAGAUUGAGAGUUCUUCUUUUAGUUUGUCUUGAAAGAUUUCUUUAUAUAACUUUUAAUAUCAUAGUUUUUGAGAUGUACCCUUUGAAUUAUAAAACAUGUUUGAAAUACACUGGCAUUUUUUGAAAAAAUGACUGGUGGGAAACUCGGAUGAAUUUCAUUUAUUUAAUUUGAUAGCAAAAUUGCUGUGAAUGGUAAGAAUCAAGUCUUCAUGAUAUUAUGCAAUAUUUUAGGGUAUGAAAGAAAAUGAAGGGGUAACAUAAUUAUGUAGUCACUUUUACAAAAAUAAUAUUGAUAAUAAUAUUCUUGGAAAAGGUAAAGUUGAAUAAAAUACUUUGUGGAAUUUAUCCCACCUAAAAUACAAAACUGCACAAUGUAUGUCAAGAAAUACGUAGAAUAUAUAAUUAUAGCUAUUUCAAGAAAAGUGUACACGACAAUCCCGAAAGGUUUUGGGUGGUUUUGAGUUCACUGUUCUUCAAAGAAAAUUGAAAGCACGAGAGGCCAUGGAUAUAUGUUUGUGAGUGCUAAAGGGGAGCAAAAAAAGCAGGUUCGACAGAUAUGUUGUCAGGAACAGUGUAUUGAUCAUAUCCUAUAUUACCUACAGGGAUUGUUGCAUGCACACUUUUUCCAACAACCUUUCUCAAACUAACUUAGCAAUAACUGAGCGAAUCCUUGCACGCUGAUUGGUCGAGAGCUAUGGUCUAUGAGAGUAUAGACCAUGGAAAUGACGUAGCAUGUUACGUAGUGCUGGUUGUUUUUGGUUUUUCGUAAAAAAAAAAUGUUAUUGUAAAAAACAAAUUGAUCACACUGAUUUUCUAUGAUCUACAAUCUCAUAGACCAUAGAAAUGACACCAUAAAAUGUUCAAAACUUUGCAGUGAAACCACUCGCCUGCGGCUCGUGGUUCCACUUGAGUUUUGAACAUUUUAUGACGUCAUUUUCAUGAUCUAUAAGAAUCUUAAGUAUAUGGCGGUUAAUAAUUCUUUGUUUCUCGUUUGAGAGAUUUGACUCACGCCCACAAAACGAGAUUCUAGUACCCGGAGGGCCCCCAUUAGGGUUCUACAAUUCUAUCAUCCAUCUUCUUCUCAAAUUCGGAGAACCAGUGGCAGUAGCAAAGAAAAAGUGGUACGGAAAAAUAGACACAUGUUGUGGAGGAAAAUGUGCGCAACUUGUGUCAAAUAGAAAGGUUUCUAUCAACAUUUUAAUUGCCUGUGUAGCUGGCGGGAUAAUGGAUUUUCCCUGAAGCAUGAGAUAGAAGAAACGUGUCCUCUUUUUUUAAGGCAAAUUCUUAGAGAUAAUAGGUAAAGGUGCACACAAGCCAAAGGCCUAAACGGCCAAAGCUUAUCCGGUUUCCUUAGCAUGAAGCAUGCCUAGGAGUAUUGAUACUCCCCCCUGGACGGGAUGAUAGUCCAUCUUUAUACACCUGAGUGAACAGAGACCAGUGAGAGACAAAGUAGAGUAAAGUUCCUUGUCUAAGGAAACAACAUGACGGGCGAGGCUUGAACCCUUGACUUUCAGAUUCCAGAUUUGGAGUUCGAGGUAUUAGCCUCUCGGCCACACACGUUGUGGGAUUAACGGAAGAAAUAAAAAAGGAAGAAGAUCAAAAGAUGUGCACACUUGUGGUGGUAUAUGAAUGUUGCUUAUACUGGACCGCUAAUUUAACAAUCACUGGAGAACUGUGUUACAUUUUGUAAAGAAUAUAGUUAUAAUUAAGGUUGAAUAAUUGUUGAGCCGCCACGGACUACAAAGGCUAAAUCGAUGAAGAAAAACACACAAAAGAUUAAUGAAUAAGUAAGUAGAUAUUGAGUAAUUAAUUGGCGACAUUGGCUGAAUCUCCUGGAGACACCCAAGAUCUAAGCACUGGCAUCAGCUUGACCUGAUCGAUCCUCACCAGAUGCACCACCCUUCAGCGAAGCAUCAAGAUCACACGCGGUUAUCAGGGUGCUGACUGCGAUAUGGACCACUCCUCCGUGUGCAGUAAAGUAAAACCGCGAACAAAGAAACUCUGAAUUUGCACGCUCCACUUACUUUGAAGAGAAAAAAAGAGGGUCUGUGAAAAGGCUACGGCCGAGAAAGUUAUAUAUCUGAACAUUCCUUGUCUUAGAAAAUUAAAGUAUUGUAUUUCUCUCAGUCUAUCUUUCAUCCCCAAUCCGGCCCCUUACGUCUGGCCCAAAAAGACUCGGUACUAAGUUUUAAGAAAACCUAUCCAGGUCCCGCCCUGGCAAAACUAUUACUCGGUCAAACGGACGCCUUACAAAAAUUGUUGAUAUUAGGGUUUCCAUAUAACUUUACUUUUACAACGGGUCUACCAGCUGAGGAUCGUAAUUAUAAGGUAGGAAAUGGCACAUGGAAUAUGGAGUUGAGUUAACUAUUUCAGGUCGAGCCCCUUUGGCGCAGUGUGUUGCUCUGAAUUGGUGCUAAGAGGAACUUAAACAAAAUUGUAUUGGGUGCACAUGGCCGGCGCAUGGGGACAACAUUUAGCUUUCAGGGAACAGAGAGACUGUUGAGUUUGUCGAGUAUAAAAAGGAAACAUUGAUUUCGGGGAAUAUAUCAAAUUGUUUUUCCUCGCAUUUUUUUGGAGGGGAAAGGAACAUAAUAAGUACAGUGCAAUUUUUGACACUCCCCUCUUCCCCCUCCCCGGAUCAGGGUUGCAUCUGUGUUGCCUUACCUCGCCACGAAGUCAUAAGUGACAACAAGAACACCUUUUCCUCACGCCAGCAAAAUGGACAAGAUGGACUGCAUUGCUGUCUUUUGAUGGAGAUCGUUAUAGUUGGUAUCCCCAUAAUUUGAUAAUUUUUGCUAUUAAAGAAACUGGAAAAUAUUAGCAGAAAAGUGCAGGUAAGGUAUUUCUCAAAGCUACUGAGUUACUACACCUUUGAUAAUGAUUAACAAACAUACUGCAGGGGCGGAGCUGGAUCCAGAAAAUUCAGAAAGCGGUGGUUGGGACACUUAACAUGCAGCUCUAUUCUAGAUACUUUUUAUUGUUCUGAGACAGAAUUCUAUAAAAAUGAUACAAAAUUUCAGAGGAAUAGGGGUGUACAUGGCCCCCUCGGCCCACCCCUAAAUCUGCCCAUAAACUGUACUUACUCUAUAUAUCAUGAAUGAAUGAGACAUUUGCUUUUUUAAUUUUAAUUUUUUUACUAUAGCAUCUCUCUUAGGAUGAACAUCUUUACAACAGCCUUUUCACAUCUGGAAAGUGGACCUAAGAAAAUUUACAGCCUGAGUGUUGGAGGGCCAAGCAGUUAUCUUCUUCAGAAGGCAGCUGAACUCAUCCAGAAGGCAACCAUCUCUCUUCACAAAUCGGAGCAUUGUCCAAAUGCACUCCAGUAUGGUAUGGAAGAAGGCCCCAUGGCAUUCCGCAUGGAGCUGGCCAAAUUCCUCAGCGAGCAUUAUGCUGAUGCUGUAGAUCAAGAAGAUCUGUGGGCUAGUGCUGGAGCCUCACAAGGUCUAGAUUUCAUAGGACACACUCUUUUUCAGCCUGGGGACGUAGUUUUUGUGGAGGAGCCAGCUUAUUUUAUUGGUUUGAGGGCCUUGAGGGAUGAUCUAGGAAUGAAAGUCAUUGGGGUCCCAUCUGAUAAAGAUGGAAUGAUUGUUGAUGAGCUAGAAAAGCUCUUGAUUGAACAUUCUAAUGACCUGAGGCUUCCAAAGGAGAAAAAGCCUUACUGUGCAAUGUUGUAUAUUGUCCCUACAUUCAAUAACCCAACUGGAUCCUAUCUUCCUGCAGAGCGAUGCCAGAAGUUGAUUAUGCUGCUUCGUAAGCACAACGUUCUUGCACUGUGUGAUGAUGUCUACAAUUUGCUGUUACUCAAUGAGUGUACAACACCACCACAAAGGCUUUUUUCUUUUGACAAAAAAUCUGAUGCUGAUUACAAAGGGAAUGUCAUCUCUAAUGGCUCAUUCUCCAAGAUACUUGGGCCAGGGUUGCGUCUUGGUUGGAUAGAAGCACCAGAAAGAGUUCGAAAAGUGUUGAAAACUAGUGCUUAUGCUUUGAGUGGAGGAUGCUUUAAUCAGUACAUGGCAUGUGUUGUUUCUGUCGCAAUACAAGAGGGUUUGUUGAAAGAGCACUUGUUCAUGGUGCGCAAAGUCUAUUCUCGCCAGCUUGAUGCAUUGUGCAAUGCCCUUGACAAGUACCUGCCUGGACAGUUUUCUUAUCAGAAGCCAAUUGGGGGUUAUUUUGUGUGGGUAACCUUCCCCCAAGAAAUUGAUUGUGACAAACUGUUUGAUGUUUGCAAAAACGAAUAUCUUAUCGAGUUCAACUAUGGAUCACGCUUUUGUGCCACCCCAGGAAAAUUUAAAAAUUGCAUAAGACUGAGUUUUUCUUAUAAUGAACCUGAUGACAUUGAACAUUGUGUGAAGCAAAUAGGAAAGGCCUUGAAACAGAGUUUUGGUUGUUAG